AUGGUCGAUCUCGACGCCCCGACGCCGCAAUCCCCGACUUGGUCCCCAAUCCGGCACCACCUCGGCGGCGGAUGGAGCGCGAACAAUGCCGCGGACCCUGGCGUGCUCACGACGACCACUGUAGCGGUGACGGCGUGGUUUCAGCCCUCACCUUCGGGGACAGAUCCUCAUCGAUACGUCUUCCUUCUGUUUAAUCAGUCCCCUGAAUUCGUCACCCAGCGCCAGGUCACAGCUCAGACUUCGAUUGUCAAUUGGAACCUCGCCACCUUCGCCCAGCAGGUGGCUCUCGGCAGCCCAAUCGCAGGAACCUUCAUGCUCGUUAGCGCACAGUGA